AUGGCGCCACAGCGGCUCCCGGUGGCCCUGCCCUCCACGGUGGAGCAAGCGCUGCGCGCGGAGCUCGAGGGCAGGUCAGACUCGCGCGCGGAGUUGCGGCAAGUGCCCGCAUGGGCGAGGCUGCAACGCAUCAUGGUGAGCUGGAUGACCGACUCAGUGCUGGGCCUGCUGGUAGCGCGGCUGGGGGUGGCGACGAUGAAGGCGGUGCCUUUCGUGUCGCUGCUGGUGGUGCUGCGCCGCAUGUGGCGCCUCAAUCGGAUCAUGAUGCGCAGCAGGAGGUCGAAGACGUGGAUCCUGAUGCGCUCGGCCUUUGAGAUGUGGACCUUGGUGGAGCUGAUCUUUUACAUCUACUUCAGGUGCAAGAAGUGGAGCCUCGAGAAGCGGCGCGCCUACGAGCCACGGGUCCUGUGGAAGGCCCCCAACGAGAGGCAGCGGCUGCUCACGAACUUUCUCACCACCAUCGAGAGGAUCCACGCGGGCCAGGGGUCCCUGCCGUUCCGGGAGAAGGCCAAACGGCGAGAGGCCAAGGGCGCCGGCAUCUUCCAGGCCUUGCGGCCGCCACCCCGGCAGGAGGCCCGGGAAAAGCUGAUCAGCGCCCCCUCAGUGGAAAACUUCCUGCGGCUCUCGGACGACCACGAACCCGGCUUCUGGUAUGAGCCCAAAGCGUGCUCAAAGGGCAUGGCAAAGCCCAUGCGCCCCGCCCCCUCCGUGGAGAAUUUGCUGCGGAGUUGGGAGGUCUCGGAAGAGGUUAGUCCCAGGACGCCCGCAGACGUCGAUUUGCAGUGUUUGAAGCACCUCGAGCUUUGCUCCUGGUUCUCCACGUUGACGCCGAAGGGGACGCGGGACAUCUGCAGAGACGUCCAGCAAAUCCGACGCGGCAACAUCGAGCAGUGGCUGCUGUCCUACUUCUUCGACGGCGCCGAGUCCACCCAGGAGCUCUCCGACCGCGAGGCCCAGGAGCUCCAGGAGUUGGUGGAUGCAGUGGCACGCUGGGCUGGCUUGCCAUUGGAUGGCGAGUGGGCCGGCAACAACGAAGGCCUGAAGUGCUUUCGCAUGCGCAACGACCCGUUCCCGGCGGUGCACCGACCCCUCCUCUCCUACGUGAACACCGCCUUCGUGGCCCCGACCAUCGGGCACCAGGCGCUGACGAUGCUGGGGUUCCGGCCUUAUCGCUCCGGCAGCACGGAGUACUGGUUCCGGCCCCCGAACCCCGCAGAGCACUGGCAGCACGGACUGCGGCCCCGCCUGGUGUCCGGCAAGGCCCUGGUCUUCUGCCACGGCGUGGGGGUCGGCCCCACGAUGUGCCUUACCUUCCUGCAGCGCCUCACCAGGACCGUGGGCAAGGAGGCCCCGGUCUUCCUGGUGGACACCGCCGGCAUCUCCAUGCGCUUCUCCGACGACGUGCCCGGCGCCCGCGAGGUUGCCGCGAACAUCGAGAACAUGCUGCAGGUCUGGGGCCUGAGCUGGGCGCACUUCGUGGGCCACUCCUUCGGGGCUUUUGUGGUGGCCUGGGUGCUGCGCUACGCGCGCCACGUGGUGGAGAGGACGACGCUCAUUGACCCCGUGUGCUUCCUUGUGCUGAAGAUCCUUGUGCAAGGCCACGAGCUCCAGCAGGUGAGGCACGACACGGGCAUGGACCCGAUGGAAAUCGCCAUCAAGUACUUUGUGAUGACGGAGCUCUUCGUCUGCAACUUUGUCUGCCGCUGCUUCUUCUGGGAGGAGUCCAAUCUUGACAUGCAGGAUCUGGAAGGCACCAAAGCUUUGAUCGUCUUGGAGUCGGAGGACCUCAUCGUCCCCACCUACUCCGUGAGGAGUCUCGUCUUCGCCGAGCAGAGCCGCAGGGCCAAGGCUGGCAAAGCUCCCUCGGAAACUGGCCUGGAGCUCUUGUGGGUGGAAGAUCAGCCCCACGCAGGCUUCUUGUUGGACAUGGUCGCCAACGAAGACGUGUGCGCCCGCCUGGCCGCCUUCCACGGAUCGUGA